GUGACGUCAUUUAUCAUGGCCGCGACCAGCAGUUAAAAAUCCUGCUUUAAUAAAUACUUUAACGCUUGGAUUAAAUUGCUUAUGUAUGACUGCAUGGUUAGGUAUUUUUAACUGCUAGCGGAUCCCCUAAAGUACAUGGAAGCAAAACAUUUCCUCGGUGUUAUCUAGUAAUAUAACAAUAGUGUAGAGAAAAGAUGUCUCGUCACGAAGGCGUGAGUUGUGACUCGUGUUUAAAAGGCAAUUUCCGAGGCCGUAGGUACAAAUGUCUUGUCUGCUACGACUACGACCUUUGUGAUACUUGCUACGAAGCAGGGGCAACAACUAGUCAUCACUUGAUUCACCAUCCCAUGCAGUGCAUAGUCACCAGAAGUGACUUUGAGCUGUACUAUGGUGGGGAGACUUUGCUUGAGCAGCCACAAUCUUUCACUUGUCCCUUCUGCUCGCGGAUGGGAUUUACAGAAGCUGCCUUGCAAGAUCACGUCACAUCGGAGCAUCCAGAGACAACCACCGAUGUCGUGUGCCCAGUUUGUGCGUCGCUGCCGGGCGGGGAGCCUAACCAUGUUACUGAUGACUUUGCCGCUCAUUUAGCCUUGGAACACAGAGCUCCCAGAGAUCUGAUUUCGUUCCAGGAUGAACCAGCCAGCUCUCGACAUGUGCGUCGGAUACCACAUCCAGGUCGUGGAGUCACGACCACCAGGGCGCGUCGUUCUAACAUGCACUUCGGUAAUUCUUCUGGUAUCUCGAUACUAUCGCCUGGCAACAGAGAUGCCAUGGAUCCUAUUGCUGAGCUGCUUUCACAGUUGUCUGGUGUGAGGCGCAGCUCAGGUCUGGGGGCGGGGACUGGUGGGUCUGCUGGUACUGGUACAGCUCAGCAGAACAACACUAGUUCCCAGCUACAGCAACUACAAGUUCAACUCCAGCUAGAAAGACAACAGGCUCAGAUGGCGAGACAACAUUUAGAGAGGUUACCUAGAAGACAAGCUUCAACGAAUAGCAGCAGUGCUUCAACCUACACGCUAAACAGUGUCGCUCUAGACUCGACUACCAGUGAACGACAGUCGUCAACAAGCUCCCAGUAUCUGUUAGUAAGGCAUAGUGAACCUACCUUGUCGGAUGCUGACCAGGCUGCACUGGAAGUCGAGAGAGCUGAUCAUAGCCAAUUUGUACAAGAGCUGCUUCUUUCUGCACUAGCAAGCAACUUGGUGCUGGAUGAUGACUUUGCCGAAUUUGGGGAGGGACUGGCAGACGUCGGACAACACGGUCCAUCUACGACAGCAGGUGGCUUCGCUGUCCCGCCCCAGGCAAGCGGCUCGAAGCCGGUACCGCCCAAGCGGCACGUGCGACCUCCACUACAGCCACGACCCGACAUGGCGCGGAUACCCGGCGGGAGCUUGACCCCGCCUGGCUCGUCCGGCGGCGGCGGCGGCGCGCGCGUCCCGAGCAUCCCCAUCAUGAUGCGCGAUGCGGCGCGGUCCCGCCCCGCCAGCCACCAGCCCGACCUGUCACGGCCCAGCGCGCCCUGUCCCGUGGGGGGACAGACGGCGAAUCAGAGCCCGGAGUUGGCGCGACCGAACGGCACUCGCGCGUCUGCGCAGGCGUCGCAGGAGCGGCAGAACGUGAGGAUGAGCGGAGGCGUCGGCGGACAGGCGAGUCAGGACGUGAGAGCGCAGGGAAGCAUGCUGAGGCGCAGCGCCCCGCGGCCGUCCCCCAGUGACCCCAGGAGGAGGGACAGGGAGCCACCGCCUGCGCCGGGCACCCGCAAGUAAUCGGUAGACUGUGAUGUCGCGACGCAGUCCGGGAGACAGAGCUGUACAAGGUGGUGUGUGCGAUGUUGGCUGCUAAUGGUCUAAUUGAAUUUAUAGUACUUGCAGUUGCAUGAGAACAGCUUUCCCCCACUUCUAGGGUUAUUGUUAUGGGGUGUAAAAUCAGCAUUAUUUUAAUUUCUAAAACGAUGUAAAGACAAGCAUAUCUAAGUAUGGCGUUAAUUUGGAUCAGUAUAUUUAUAUAUAUAUAUAUAUAUAUAUAUGCGUGUAUAACGUAGCACUAGCACAGUGAGUAUGCCUACCGAUAGCAAGCAAGGUAAAUUCUGUUGGAUUUUGUUCAAAUAGCUUUGGCAGCAUUCAGUUGACAGUGAUCAUAGUGUCUGAGCGAAACUUGUAAGAGAAUUUUAUGAGACUACAGGUUGCAGCUGAUUCUGUGCUCAGUAAUAUACUUGAGCUAGUGUGGAGUUCUGCGAAUGAUAUUACGUGUGAGCAAGGUUUGAAAUAUUGGAAGGCGACAGCUGUGGCUUUGGCUACCUACAGACUGUCCACAUAUAUAGAAUCACCGGCUCACUUUUGGGAAAAGGUAGUGCUGCAAAUUCUGUUUGGUGUUUUUUCAAAGUUUAUUUCGGAGGCGAGUAAUUAAACCGAGUUUGUUGUGUAAAUAGAGCGAGCAAGCACGGGUCAUUCGAAGUUGGGAGUUUGUAUUGUGGGUGUCACACAGAGAUAGACGAAGGAAAGCUCGGAGGGCUGGGGGCCCGGCCAUGUUGCAUUUUGUUGGAAGCGAGAAUUUGCACCAAAUUAUAUUCUGGUUGUAAUCCAUGUAAGAGAGUUGUUUGUCUUGUAAUAACACAAGCUUGCCAGUCAGAAUGCGGGCAUGGCAGAAUGGCAACGACCUAGCAAGAAGGUGUAUGUCCACCAGUUAGAGUGCAGUAAACCAGAACCUUUCACUUCUUUACUCACGUAAAAUUAACUAUGUAUUAGAUUAUUAUUUUUGCCUAGCCUCAAAGUAAUGCGUUAAUUUUUAAUAAAACAAAUGCGACUGGUUGAAAAAAAUUCACUCGAUUCCGAGUGUGAUUCUGUCAGGUGAUUCAGUUCUAUCGUAUUACAAGACAGUGCUUUAAGAAUAUUAGGUGAGAUUGCUCACAUGUUGCUUUUGAUCCGUAAUAAAAGGAAUGUAUUUAUUAUUACAGCAAA